AUGUCUAAGCCAGUCAUCGUCAUCGUGCCCGGCGCAUGGCACCGACCCAAGCACUACCAAAAGCUCAUCGACGCACUUGCAGUUAUUGGCUACGAAGCUGUCGGCGUAACUAUGCCCUGUGUCGACUCCAGCCCCCCACUCCCUUCCUGGGACCAAGAUGCCGCCGAAGUCCGCCGAGUGAUCAUGGAGUACCUGAACGCGGGUAGAGACGUUAUCACAAUCGCUCACUCGUUUGGUGGCGUUGCCAUGUCCGAAGCUGUGAAGGGCCUGGGAAGAGAUGAUAGAAACAAGCAAGGUUCUUCGUCGGCUGUGAUUCGAUUGGUAUAUAUGUGCGCUAUCAUGAUGCCCAAGGACCAAAACUUCUUUGGCCAGAUGGCGCCCGCUACUCCAGAAGAGGAGGUAGCUGAAGCACAACGGAAAAGCUUCAACUCGCAGCAUGCGCAGAUGAGCACUACUGAGGACGGUGCUAUGAUUUUGGACAAAGAUGUAGUUCGGGGGGUCUUCUACGAUGGGUGUAGCCCCGACGAGAUAGAGGAAGCCCUUGAUCUCCUGGGCUCGUAUCCUAGUGGUCCAUUGUCGGUACCGGUGACAUAUUCGCCUUUCCUGGAGUUUCCGGUCACCUACAUCAAGUGCAAGAAUGACCGUGCUUUGCCGGUAAGCGUGCAAGGUCGGAUGAUUGCUCAGGCUGGCGGUGUGGUCGAUGUUGAAGAAUGCGAGGAAGGCCACUCACCAUUCAUGAGCGAUACGGGCUUUAUUGUGGGCUGCCUUCGUCGUGCAGCAGGGGAGGUUUAA